AUGGCGUAUGAAAUCAACCAUGCAAAUUGUACCGCCGCUUCCCGCUGCUCAGGAGCACUCAACUGUAUUGACUUGAGUACUCUUCUCCAAUCUCCAUUAAUUCUCCUCAGCCUUUCAUCUCAAAUUCAUUCAGCUUUAUAUUUCCGUUACCGAGUUUUUCGACAGAAACUUCGGCCUCCGGCGAAAACCAACGUCGCUUGUGCUCAGAUUAUUGAAGCUCGAUUCUUCAAAGAGAUGAGGAGCAGAAAGAAGAGAGUACCAGACCAUGAAAUUCACAUACCAGCGGAGUUGUUGACGGAGAUUUUGGCGCGGCUGCCGGUGAAAACCCUAUUAAGAUUUAGGUGCGUUUGCAAACUUUGGUGCUCUCUAAUUGAUUCCCAAGAUUUCAUAGAUAUGCAUCUUAGACUCUUUCAGAACAAUCGUAGCAAAACUCAUCUAUUAGUCAUGGAACACAAAAACCGUGCGAAUGGUGAUGAGCGCAUAUUCACAAUUCGACACGCUGACACGCUGAGGAAAACUGCUCACCUCCAUACUAGUAAUAACUCAUACCGAAUUAUUGCAACCUGUAAUGGGUUGGUGCUGUUAUGGAAGCCUAAUUCUGGUAGAGGGAGUGAUUUGAGGUUGUGGAACCCUUCUAUUCGAAAGUCAUUCUUACUUCCUACUUGUCUUUUUGGGGACGAGUGCAUUCGAAGUUUCAGUGAAUUGCUUUUGGGAUUUUCUCCUUGUUCAAAUGAUUAUAAGUUGGUUGUCUUUAGGUAUAAUGAUGGUUUGGCUCAAGAUGUGUCUAUUGCAGUUUAUUCGCUUCGAAAUCAUAGUUGGAGGGUCAAUGUCAAUAGGAUCAAUGUUCCCUUAUCGUUUAUGAGGGGGUUUCCAACUCAAGGUGACCGUGUUUUCUGUCGAGGGGCUAUUUACUGGAUAGGACGUGAUCCUUACCUACCGGAGGUAAAGGAGAACCAAAAAACUCAUCUUGUGUCUUUUAACUUUGAUUCAGAGGACUUUAUCUCUGUGGAACUACCAGAUGCCGCAGAAGAAGCGUUUAUGAGGUAUAUUUUCCUUGUUGGUGAGUCUGUAGCGGUUUUCAGUGAGUAUCUCAGGAAUAACUGCGUGUGGGUUUUGGAAACGGAUGGUGGAUUUAGAAAGGAUCCAAGGCUUUCAAGAGUUGUACAAUGGGAUUCUGGCAAUGCAUUUCAAGGGAUCUCAAUUUUUCUAGAUUCGAGGCUCCUCUACAAUCAGGAAAGUGAUACAUUUAUCAUACAUGACUCUAACAGAGUGAAUUCUUUUAACCCUACCACUCAUCAAGUACAACGGCUGGGAAAGUCAAUUCGCGGUACACUAACUCUGGAUACUUAUGUCGAGAGCUUGGAGUUGCAUAAAGGGACUCAAGGCCAGUGUUUGACACUCUUCCCAUGACAGAGGAGAUUAGCAGGCAAUGUCCAAUUUUAGAAGAUCACAGGGAACUUCAUUGGUAACUUAACAGGUGAUAGUUUGAUUUUUGAGGGAAGAUCAACUAACAAAUUGGCUGAUGCGAUGGCCAAGAGCUCAAGGAAGAAGCUUAUUUUGUGUAAUCAAUCUUGUAAUUUUCAAUCCCCUUCCCCGGAUUGUAUAAGUAAUAAGUUAUUUGCUAGAAGACUCUUUGAACCUGUCUUUUGGUAGCUGGAACCGAAGGUAUUAUCGCGCCUCUUGUAUUAAGGGACAGAAGCCUUCAGGGCUAAUCCCAACUUGCUAAUUAAUCUACUGUUCUAGUGACAUUGUUGCUUAAGUUAUCAAGUUGGAGCUUUGUAAAUUUUACAGUUUAUGCAUGUUUUCACAUAGGAAGCAAAGCUAUAUGCAUUCGACAUGCUUCAAUCACUUUGGAAGCAAAUGAAUAUUACAAUAACAAUGAUU